UGUUACCAGUCACCCGUUCGCAACCCUAGACCCCCCCGCAUGAGCACCACCCACAAAAACCGCUAAGAUUCUAAGCGACUUACUUUACCGAAGAAUUUGGAAAGAAAAAAGGUAGAAAGGGGAAAGGAAAAUGUUCAGAAGAAGACUCGCUUCACUCGUCUCCUCCUCAAUCCUCAUCCCUUCACUUCGCACCAAAACUAUUCCCCUACCUCAUUCCCUGCCCUUUCCACAAGGAUCUUUCCCUAGUUCGAUUGUUAAACAUAAUGGGUUCAUAGGUUUUGAGGGUUUUAGGGCUUACAGCCUUCUGAGCCUGAAUGACCUAAGGGACAAGGUGCCCAGGAAGCAGAAGACGAGGAAGGGCCGGGGGAUUGGGUCAGGGAAGGGUAAGACGGCUGGGAGGGGUCACAAGGGCCAGAAGGCAAGAGGGUCUGGGAAGCUCGGGUUCGAAGGGGGUCAGACCCCGCUUCGCCGACGGUUGCCCAAGCGUGGCUUCAAGAACCCCUUUAGCCUCACUUUUCAGCCGGUAGGGUUGGGAAAAAUUGCCAAAUUUAUAAAUGGAGGGAAGAUAGAUUCGUCUGAACUAAUUACAAUGAAAACGCUCAAGGAUAUAGGGGCAAUAGGGAAGCAGAUAAAAGAUGGAGUAAGAUUAAUGGGGCGUGGUGCUGAACAAAUUAAGUGGCCAAUUCAUCUGGAGGUUUCAAGGGUCACAGUUAGGGCAAAGGAAGCAGUUGAAGCUGCAGGUGGGUCUGUCAGAAGAGUAUACUACAACAAAUUGGGCUUCAGAGCACUGCUCAAGCCUGAGUGGUUUGAAAAGAAGGGCAGGUUGUUGCCAAAAGCAGCUAGGCCUCCCCCGAAACAAAGGGACAAAGUUGAUAGCAUUGGCCGAUUGCCUGCCCCAACCAAGCCUAUUCCAUUUUCAGUUGAAGAAAGGGAGGCAACCUCCAGUUCAUCUGCAUAAUAAGCCAACCAACCAAUCUGUUUGUUGGCUUGUUAAAGAAUUUGUAAUUUUGAUGAUGAGUAAUCAUGCAAUCAAAUUUUGUUUCCUGCAAGAUUUUAGAUGCAGGCUAUUUCAAUAUGCUUUGCACAGGCUAGUUUGCUGUGCUUCAAAACCAAAUUCAAGUUCACUAAAAUCAACAAAGCUCAGGAAAGCUUGUACUCAA